AUGGGUGAGAACAGCAAUGAGCUAAUGGUAAAAGCCAUCAAGGAAGGAAAUACCUCUCGUGUGAAAGAGUUGUUGGGAGCAGGCGGCGAUGCCAAUGCCAACGACAAUAUUACUGGACAGUCAGUCUUGCACCAGGCAUGUGAAAACGGCCAUGCGGAGAUUGUCAAGACUCUCCUCGAGAAAGGCGCUGGCGUUCGUGCCAAAGACGACGAUGGGUGGACAGCCAUGCAUUGGGCAUGCUCUGCUGGGCACGUGGACGUGGCCAAAGUGCUUCUCGAGAAGAGUGCGUAUGUUCGUGCCAAAGACAACAAUGGAUCGACGCCUUUGCACAAGGCAUGCCAUAACGGUCAUUUGAACGUUGUCAAGGUUCUUCUCGAGAAAGACGCUGACUUGGCUGCCAUUGACGAUGAUGGUUGGACACCAUUUCAAAGAGCAUGCUUCCAGGGGCACUUGGAGUUGGUCAAGUGGCUUGCGGUCGAAAAAGGUGCUGAUCUUCAUGCCAAAAGCAACAAUGGAUCGACGCCGUUGCACAAGGCUUGCAAUAACGGCCAUGCAGAGGUGGCCAAGGUGCUUCUCCAAAAAGGCGCGGACGUGCGUGCCAAAGACAAUGAUGGGGCGACAGCAUUGCAUGGGGCGUGCACCAACGGUCAUUCGGAAGUCGUCAAGGUACUACUCGAGAAACGGGCCGACGUUCAUGCCAAAGACGAUGACGAAGAAACACCAUUGCACUUGGCAUGUGAAAAUGGUCAUUUGGAGAUUGUCAAAUUGCUUUUAGAGCAAGGGGCCGAAGUCAAUGCCAAAAGCGAUGACAGAUGGACACCAUUGCACAAGGCAUGUUUUGACGACCAUUUGGACAUUGUCAGGGCACUUCUCGAGAACGGCGCUUAUGUUCGUGCCAAAGACAAUAAUGGGCAGACACCAUUGCACGAAGCGUGUGAAAAGGGUUAUUUGGAACUAGUCAAGAUGCUUGUCGAGAGAGGUGCGGAUGUCAAUGCGACCAACAGCAGUGGUAAAACUCCUUCCGACGUGGUCCAACCAUACCAUGCCAAGGGGCCGCAAAUUCGUGAAAUAUUGUCAAAACCACCACCAAAGCGGAGGUCAAGACCAACGCCACCGGGACUCGACAACUCAUACAAAGCCGUAGUGUCCAAACCCAUUUUCCCUGACGCUGUCUUAUCUGUGGAGGACGAAUACAAGCUCUCUCUGCACGGUGCCGUCAAGUAUGGGGAUGUAGAUGUCAUCAAAGAGGUGUUGGAAGAGAUUGCCACUGAAGAAGGGGAUAAAAACGCUGUUGACUCCAAGGGCAGAACGGCAGUCGACUUGGCGGCACUCACUGGUCAAAUGGAAGUCUUGAAACUGCUCGCCGAAAAUGGCGUCAAACAUGUGAGUUCAAAACCCAAGAUGAUUGCUAUUUGCAAAAAGAGAAAAGAUCUGUCGGAAAAGUAUCUGGAACAAGUGAACGAGUCCCUUUAG